AUAGAUUUAGCAGUUGUUGAUGAGAAAUAUAAAGUAUUAUAUGUGCUUCAGUUUGACUUUUUUUCUACACUAAUACAGUACAGCAUGCUGCACCUAAAUUUUCCUUUACUGAACCUGUUGAUUUUAUGUGAGAUCAUACUCCUGUGAUGAUUAUUAGUGGCUUUAUGCCUGCAUCGUGUAACUUCUGUGGCAGGAGAACAUUCCCUGUGACAGAAAUCUUCAUGCCGCCUCUACUUUCUUUCCAGGAAAUCAUUCAUUAAGAUAAUUUGAUUUUAUAUAAGAUUUGCAUUUCAGUUUCUGUAAAGGACUGAUCAGCUGACUUGUUAUGUCCUAUGAGUUGUGUUUGAAUCUGAGAGGAGGCUUUCAAAGCAAAGCAAUGAAGCAGUUCUUGUUCGUGAUGUCUUUCCACCUAUUUCCAAUCUUUUUUAUUCCUUUGUAUUGUGAUCUAAAGUGCAUUGUUACAUUUGCAUUACAGAAUAUUAAGAUAUUUAUAUUAUUACUGAUGUGGCUUAUUCUAUAAUAUCUCAUCUUCUGUUUAAGCAAGUACUUGCUUAUAUCUGCCAUUUUUGGUUGAAACUGAAAAUGGCUUAUACUCUUGCCAGUCACAAGAGUUCAUGGGUAUCUUUCCUUUCCAACACCAUUAUCACUCACAAGCCUGUGCUAGCUGAGAGAUGCAUAUCCAGAAAUCAAACACUCAAGAAGGAAAAAAAGAUUGGAUGGAGUUAUCUUUUCUCAAGUGGGCAAGGUAAUUUGUGUAAUUACAUUAAAGUGUGUCAGCCGAGAGUGUCAUCUGAUAAGGUACUGUAUUGCCUAAGUGACCUAGAUGUUACUGUAUCCAUCAUCAACUUUCACAAGUGCUGUCUCCCCUGCAGCAAAGCCAGUGAUCAUGCCUUUCGUAGUUCCUCCCGAGAACUUUGAAGGAGAAUCCAUCCAGAUGAUGUGCACUCUCCUCUCGGGGGAUGAUCCUGUAAUGAUAUACUGGCUAAAGGAUAAGAUCAGCUUGACAGGAAACAGUGAAGAAGGAAUCACUUUAACACAUGUGAACUCCAGGACGUCCAUGCUUGCCAUUCCACAUUUGGGAAAACAACAUUCUGGAAACUAUACUUGCAUGGCUUCCAACCGUGCGGGCCAGUCGAACCACAGCGUUUCUCUCAAUGUUCUUGGUACAUGUUAAAGUCAAUAGUUGUUGUAGUUUGUGAGUAUUCUCCUUGUUUCGUCUUGUUUGCCUUUUAUGUUGUUGUUGUUUUUUUCUUCAACCCAAUAUUAUUUAUGCUCUUUAUUUAGAUAAUAUAUACAAGUUUAUGUGAAAUUAGUCUCAAGGACUGCACAGGUUAUUGGAGGUUUAUCUUCAUUAACUUACAAUCGUUACUUUCUUUAUUAACGAAUAUCCAUAUACAUAAACAACACUUUUCUAGCACUUAUCUGAAAGUAUAUGGAAGGGACAAUACAUGCACAUAGAUUGUCAGAUAUCAGGAACCAGUAAGAGAGAUAUAAGGAUAAAAGAAAAGGAAAAUAGAAGAGGUGACUUAAGCUGUUUUUUGGUUGGAGUCACACAUGUACAUGCACCCAUGUGCACCCACGCAUACACAUGCACCAACGCACACAUAUGCACCCACGCACACACACAUGCACCCACGCUCACACACAUGCACCCACGCA